GGCCGCGGAGGACGCGCCGCCAGCGCCUCCCUCCCAGAGUCCUCGAUCCCGGGCCGGCCGGGGCUGCCGCGGCGCGCUGGUGCCGGGCCCUGCCUCGCAGGCCAUGGGGGAAGGGGGCGCCGUGGGGCGCCGCCGGCCCUUCCCCGGGGCGCCGCGGCGGCGCUGGUGGCGGCGGCAGCAGCAGCAGCAGCGGCAGCGGCAGCGGUGGUGGCCGGGCCGCGGCGGCGGCGGCGAGGGCGAGGGCGCGGGGCGCGCCGCCAUGGGCCUGGCCGGGCUGCAGGAGAAUGUAUUUACCGGGCAAUCAAAGAUCUAUUCCUACAUGAGCCCCAACAAAUGCUCUGGAAUGCGUUCCCCCCUUCAGGAAGAGAACUCAGUUGCACAUCACGAAGUCAAAUGCCAGGGGAAGCCAUUAGCGGGACUCUACAGGAAACGAGAAGAGAAGAGAAACAGUGGGAACGCAGUACGGAGCGCCAUGAAGUCCGAGGAACAGAAGCUCAAAGACGCCAGGAGGGGUCCCCUGGCACCUUUUCCAAACCAAAAAUCCGAAGCAGCAGAACCUCCAAAAACUCCGACCUCCUCUUGUGAUCCUGCCAUCGCCGCCAUCGCCAAGCAAGCCCUGAAAAAGCCCGUCAAGGGCAAACAGGCCCCGCGGAAGAAAGCUCAAGGGAAGACCCAGCAGAAUCGCAAACUCACGGAUUUCUACCCAGUGCGGAGGAGCUCCAGGAAGAGCAAAGCCGAGCUGCAGUCUGAAGAAAGGAAAAGAAUAGACGAGUUGAUUGAAAGUGGGAAGGAAGAAGGAAUGAAGAUUGACCUCAUCGACGGCAAGGGCAGGGGAGUGAUCGCCACCAAGCAGUUCUCCCGGGGCGAGUUUGUGGUCGAGUACCACGGGGACCUCAUCGAGAUCACCGACGCCAAGAAGCGGGAGGCUCUGUAUGCCCAGGACCCAUCCACAGGCUGCUACAUGUACUAUUUUCAGUAUCUGAGCAAAACCUACUGCGUGGAUGCGACUCGAGAGACAAAUCGCCUGGGAAGACUGAUCAAUCAUAGCAAAUGCGGUAACUGCCAGACCAAACUGCACGACAUCGACGGCGUGCCUCACCUCAUCCUCAUCGCCUCCCGCGACAUCAAGGCCGGGGAGGAGCUCCUGUAUGACUAUGGGGACCGCAGCCGGGCUUCCAUCGAAGCGUACCCCUGGCUGAAGCAUUAACCUCCCUGCCCGCCCCCCUUCUUCUUCCAUGGACAAAGUGCCCUCAAAGGGAAUUGAUUUUUUUUUUUACACACUUAAUCUUAGCAGAUUACUUCAGAUGUUUUUAAAAAGUAUAUUAAGAUGCCUUUUCACUGUAGUAUUUAAAUAUCUGUUACAGGUUUCCAAGGUGGACUUGAACAGAUGGCCUUAUAUUACCAAAACUUUUAUAUUCUAGUUGUUUUUGUACCUUUUUUGCAUACAAGUCACACGUUCGUGCUUCCCGUGCAUGCAGUCAAAGACGCAGCACAGGUCGUAGAGGAAAGAGUGAACAUGAACUCGGAAGCUGGGUGACUCCCGCCUCCCACCGAAGAGCCAGGACUCUCCUCCCCACACCCCCACCGGCCAUGGGCGGGUGACGCCGCCUCCCUGGCCUGGCCGGGGUGUUCCCAAGCUCUUGUUUUCCUGACGUCUGGACAGGCGCACAUGGAAGUGUAUGAAUAUUUUUUAAAAAAGGUUUCGCAGUAAGCUAGUCUUCCCCUCUGCUUUCUCGAAAGCUUACUGACCCUGUGGCCCCCGGGCGCGGGCCAGGCCUAGGUUUACUCUUCCACAGGCUGCCGCUUUUCUGGGCACCUCAAAGCAUCAGGGCGGGUAAUCAGAGUAGAUGUGGGCAGGGAAAAGCGUUGCUUGCUCACCCUGCUGGGGCAGGGUUUCCCAAAACUGGGUUAAUUCUUUAUAGAAAUGUGAACACUGAAUUUAUUUUAAAAAAAUAAUAAUAAUAAAAAGUAAAAAAA